AUGCAUUUAAAAAUAGACGAAGAAUCAAGCGUAUCAAAUAUUUUUUUGUCAUCAGAAGUACCCAGAACACCUGAAAAUAUGAAAAACAUAGAUGCAAUGUCAUGGGAAGGAAGGGUUCUUGUGGUUGAUUCAUACGAUUCAUAUAUUUUCAAUAUCUGUUGUUUAAUUGAAAAAGCACUGCCAAAAGCAAAAAUCUUUGUAAUACGGAAUAAUCAGCUUGAUAUGGAAACACUUAUACCUCAGCUUUCGGCUUUUGACUGGUGUGUUCUUGGACCGGGCCCAGGGAGCCCGAUCUGUUCAGCAGAUAUAGGUAUUCUUCCAGCAAUAUGGGCACUCCCUGAUACUCAGUUACUUCCAACGCUUGGUAUUUGUCUUGGCAUGCAAACGAUGUGUUUGCAUUUUGGAGGCCGUUUACAACGUCUUAUACAUCCAGCACAUGGCAUUAUUACAGCAAUUGAUCUUAUUCCUGACCCACUUUUUGGAAAGCACAAAAAAAAGCAAUACAAAAGCAAUUCACAUUGUCUAAAUAAAGAUCAACAACAAAGAAAUGUUUUGGAUGAUUUAUAUAGUGAUCCUGAUGAUUUAUGUAGUGAUUUAGAAGAUAUAGGUGACAUAUCCAAUAAUACUCAAGAACAAGAAAUUCCAAAUAAUACUAAAAGUCAAAAUGAAUUAAAAAAACUAACUGUGGUGCGAUACCAUUCAUUUUCCGUAAAUAUCGACGGAAUACAUGAGCUAAAAGCAUUAGCCUGGGCAAAUGAUACAGAUGGGCCAGUACUUAUGGCAGCUCGGCAUCGUCAAAAGCCGUUUUACGGUAUGCAAUAUCACCCGGAAUCACUUUUUUCCAUGCAAGGCAAGUCUCUUAUUCUUAACUUUUGGCGAAUUGCAAUUGCUUUUAACCGAAAACAUCGUCCGCAUCGCACACCUCUUUCUAAUGAUUGGUACUAUCUUGAUCAGAAACCAGUGCCUCUACUGGCCUCAGACAAAAUGCAUAACAAGACCAAAAUGACAGAACAAGUAGAAGAAAAACACUUUCAAGUACUCCAACUUGAUAUAUCAGCGGUAGAAAUUGCAGAAUAUCUUCAGCUUAAUAAACUCCCUUAUAAUGCUAUUAUGGAGUCCACAGCAAAACCUGGAAAAUUUUCUAUUUUAGGCGUGCCAUCAGAUGGUCAUUAUGCAUUAACAUAUACAUAUCCUGACAGAUAUCUCGUCAAAACUUAUUCAGAUCGAGAAGAAAAAAUUACUCUUGAAACAAUAAAUGCAUGGAACUGGAUUUCAAAUGAAUUGUACAAGUGGAAGGCAGAUUAUAAACAAACUGUGCCUUUUUGUGGUGGAUUUAUUGGCUAUUUCAGUUAUGAAUAUUGUGUUUAUACAGCAAAUAUAAGAAAUAAAACUAGAAAAGCUAAUGAUACUACUGAGAAAACAGAACCAGUCAAUACAGACUAUAUUACAUGUAAUAAAAUUCAAAACAAGCAACCAGACGUUAAUUUACUAUUUUAUGAACGAAGUAUUGUUAUUGAUACAGUCACUAAAAAAGUCAUUGUACAAAGCCUAAUAUAUAACGACCCCUGGGUAGUAGAAACUGCUGCCUUUUUGAAAAAAAUUGCCAAAAACAAUGUUCAUAACAGUAUACACAAUACUACGAUAUCUACAAAACUAUCAUCUUCCAAAAACAAUUCUCAUAAUGAAACAUCAAAUAUUCAAACAUCAUCCAUUCAAGACUUAGCUCAGAACUCAUGUUCAAAUUCAAUUCAAGAUUUAUCUCAAAAUUCUACACACAUCACACAAAUUAUUUUCCCAAAUAAAAAAGAAUAUUUUGAAAAAAUCAAAGCAGCUCAAGAUUACAUCUCUAACGGAGAGUCAUAUGAACUCUGUCUAACAUCAACUGCACGCAUCAUCUCGUCUAAGUCAUGCACACCAGCAAAUGAUUGGGGUCUUUACAAACGUCUGAGAACUUUAAAUCCAGCACCAUAUGCAGGAUAUCUUCGACUGAACAACGUUACAUUACUAUCAUCCAGUCCAGAACGAUUUCUGAGCUGGUCUAGAGAUGGGUUAUGUGAAUUGCGACCUAUUAAGGGUACUAUACGUAAAGACUCUUCAAUUGAUUUAGAAAAAGCAAAAGUCUUAUUAAAAACCCCAAAACUUUAUGCAGAAAACCUCAUGAUUUUAGAUCUUAUACGUAAUGAUUUGUAUCAGAUAGCAAAUGAUAUUCAUGUACCUAUGCCUAUGCAAGUAGAAGAAUACCAAACACUCUAUCAGCUUGUAUCAGUUGUCCAAGGGACAGUGCGUCCACCGUAUACAGGCAUUGAUAUGUUGGCACAUGCACUUCCCCCAGGAAGUAUGACAGGCGCUCCUAAAAAAAGAAGCGUUGAAUUAUUAAAUAAACUAGAGAAAAAUAAACGAAAUAUAUAUUCCGGAGUAUUUGGGUAUUUCAGUGUGUCAGGGGAAGGAGAUUGGAGUGUAAUCAUACGAAGUGCGUUUCGUUAUCAUAACGAAAACCACUGGAGUAUCGGUGCAGGCGGAGCAAUUACGACUCUUUCGAAUUCAGAAGAUGAGUGGGAUGAAAUGAUAUUAAAAUUACAAAGCGUUCUUCCAAUAUUUACAAAUGAACCAGAAACUAAAAUAACUUAG